AUGGCCGCACCCAUCGACAAACUCACCCCCACCGACCCCCGCGUCCAGCACCACACUUACACCAUCCCCGCCUCCCCCCACAACACCACCUACCACUACCUGCUGGCCGAGCCGCCCUCCGGCACCCCCACCACCGGCACCGCCCUGCUCAUCCACGGCUUCCCCGACCUCUCCUUCGGCUGGCGCUACCAGGUCCCGCACCUGACCGCCCAGGGCCUGCGCGUCAUCGUGCCCGACCUGCCCGGCUUCGGGCGCAGCGACGCGCCGGCGGACAUCGCGGCGUACUCGUACAAGCGAGUGGUGGAGGAUCUGCUGGCGGUGGUGAGGCGGGUGCAGGGGAAGGGGGAGGAGGAGGAGGUGGAGAAGUUUGUUUUGGGGGGCCAUGAUUGGGGUGGAGCGGUGGCGUGGCGGUUUGCGCUGUGGUAUCCGGAGGUGUUGAGGGGCGUGUUCAGUGUGCAGUUUGAGGGGACGGAGGUUGACGAGGCCGUGGUGGGGAGGGAGAAGAUCAGGGCGUUUUUGAGUGUUAUGUAUGGGGCGAGAAGGGAGGAUGGGCAGCCGGUGUUUGGGGUGGCGAAGGGGUUGGAGGUGGGUUUGUUGGAGCCGGCUAAGAUUGGGGAGAGCCCGCUGGUGAGCAGGGAAGAGAUGGAUUUCUACGCCGAUGAGUACCUCAAGAACGGCAUGCGCGGCCCGCUGUGCUGGUACAAGAACGGCAAGGUCAACUUUGAUGAGGAGCGGCCGCUGCUGGAGCAGGGCAGGACCAAGGUCACCGUGCCGGCGCUGAUGGUGGUGGCUACCCGGGAUGCUGCCCUGCCGCCGGCCAUGUCGGCGAGCAUGGACGAUCUCUGCACCGAUCUUGUCAAGAAGGAAGUGAAUGCGUCGCACUGGGCGCUAUGGGAGGCGGCAGCGGACACGAACAAGCAUAUCAGCGAGUUCUUGGCGGUCAUCCUGAAGGACCAGCCUCUGAAGGCUUCGAUGUAG